AUGCUUGACAACGAAGGCCGCAGCGUCCGGGGCGACUCCUCGAGCGGGCUGACCCUCGUGGCUACCAACGAGUACGGCGAGUACGACCGGGGAGCGCUGGCGCUGUAUGGGUUCGACAUGCUGGUGGAACCCUACAAGAAGACCACGAUCUCAGUGACCGGUCUUGCGUCCUCGUCGGGAAGCACCUCGUACACGUGGCUGCUCGUGCGCGAGGACGACGACGAGCCCGAGGCGGUCGACCUUGAGGUCGUCGAGCAGAACGACGCCCCCAGCGGCUCAUCGGUCAACGUCACGCUCAUCGAGGCCGGGGCGACCUACUCGUUGCGCGUGACCUGCAGGCACGUGCGGCGGGAGCUCCGGGACCUGACCUCCGAGGAUAGGACGGCGUUCUUCUCGGCCAUGCGGAAGUUCUACACGGUCAACCUGGAGGCCGGCAAGGAGAAGUACGGGAAGACGUUCGCCAACUCCAAGAUAAUGAGUACCUACCACCACUCGCGGGUCAGAGCGGGGGGUCGAAACACCAUCCGUUCAGCGCAGCAGGCUUUGGUGCAUGAUUCACGUUCUAGCGUACAAACAGGGUUAUCCUUGGAAUAUCCACGGCUUGAGGUCAGCGCGAUUGGUUUUCCACGCGGACACAGGAGUAGCGGGAUUACCGCUCGUAUCCGGAAGGAAAAACUCGGAUAUGGUGCUCACGGACCGUGUUGGCGCUACCGUAUCCUCUACCAAAUAACCGCUAUUUUGUUCUCUUAAGAUGAAGUGAGUGUUGAACGCCCGCUAGCUUUCGCUCUCCGAUUCUUUUUUUUUUUCCUUCCGUUAUCGCCCUUU